CUGUGUCGGAGCAUCCGCAGGACGUGUAGUUUGGAGUUUCACUGCAGAAGGAAGAUUUGUUUUAGUUUCUUUUAUUUUUUGAAUGCUUAGCUAGCGGAGAAGAACAUCUUCAGGGUAUUACCACAGGAAUAUAAAACAUCUACGGGAGUGAAGAGACUAUGCAGCCUUCAUCAGGCAGUCACAACCAUGUCAACUGUGUUCAGACGCAACUGUGCGCCCAGCUGGAGUUCGUCCAGAUCCUGGUGAUCGUGGUGGUGAUGAUGGUGAUGGUGGUGGUCAUCACCUGUCUGCUGAACCACUACCGCCUAUCAGCACGCUCCCUCCUCUCCAGACACGCCCCCGCACGCAGGAGACACCUGCCAUUGGCCAACGAGGCCAGUCUAUGGUCUUCUGAGGGCACGGGGACAAACAGUCUUAAUGAGCACCAGGUGUACAACCCGCGGCCCCCAGACAGAGGCGUCCCCUCGUCCUACCUACAGCGGGAGCCUCAGCACGCCCAGCCUCCUCUGCAGUCGCAGCGCUUCCAGCACUCGUAUGCCCCGACUCGCUUCCAGCCGACGUAUCCCUACCUGCCCCAGAGCCUCAUCGAUCUCCCCCCCACCAUCUGCCUCUCGGACGGGGAGGAGCCGCCGCCGUACCAGGGCCCCUGCACCCUGCAGCUUCGAGACCCGGAGCAACAGAUGGAGCUGAACCGCGAGUCGGUCAGAGCGCCGCCCAACAGGACCGUGUACGACUCCCACCCGCUCCACCCAUCCAGAUCCUGUCUGCAGACCAGUCUGCAGGCCCCUCCCCCGAGCAUGCAUUCAGGCGUCAGUGUGUUGGAAGCCCAGGAGGCCAUGUCCCGGAUUCAGAAGCAGGCCUCUCGAGUGGAAGGAGCUCCCCCAACCUACAGCGAGGUGAUCGGGCACUACUACCACCCGACAUCCCUGACGCCUAGCCACAACCAUCGGACCGUAUCGUCCUCACAAGCACCGCCGUCCUCGUUCAUACACGGCCUGCUCCGACUUCCGCCUCAGCAGCAGGGAGGUGUGGACAACAGCAAUGCGAGGAAUACGAAGGAGAAAUCCCAGAAGCCCCAGCAGGUGUGACAGUGCUGCCUCUUUAUUCCUAGCCUGCGCGCGGGGGGGAAAGAAAACUGGAUUUUUGUCUGCUUUGCCACUUGGGAAGUGGUCAGCAGCCAAUGAGGAACAACUUGGUGAAAAUCCACUGAACGGUUUAAGGGCUGCUUCACGUUAGCUGCAGUGUGGACACUUUCCCCACUUCACGGAUCGGGCUAGGACUGGCUUCUCGUUAGGUAAGAACACAUGGAAACCACAUCGCUCCUGCAGAGCACAGUUUCACGAGAAAAUCUGGCACUUCCUGUUCCACAGCUUCUUAUUUCCUGUCUGAGGAGCACUUCAGAUGAAGCGAUGAUGAUGUCAGAGAAGAAGGGCCAGAGGAGGAAAGGGAAGUCUCCUUCUUCCCGUAACUUCCUCCCUCCUCCGUUAGACUGAUCUUCAUUCAUUACAAAUAUUUACUCCUUCUGUUUGUUUCUAUAGAACAUUUUCUUUGUUUGUUCGUCUUUUUCGCGCUUACAAAAAAUCUUGGCGAAAUGUUGCAAUCUUCUUGGUUCUUCCAGGUUUUGUUUUCUCGUGGUAACCCCCCCCCCCCUCCAUUUAGCUGCACGUUCACGGCUGCACAGUCCAGCGUUGGCAGCGACUCCUGCACCGGGCUUUAGCUGCAUCACGGGGACAUGUCAGCACGUAAGAAUAGAUUAAGUUAGCGCUAUCUGAAACUAGCUUACCAGUCGUAGCACAGUGCUAGAAGUCCUCGAGCUAAACGUGUCUGCCUUAUAUCGACCAACUGAUGCAGGAGUUGUCGCUGAAGCUUUUAUUUGUAUUUUAUGCUUUCUAAAGAAGGUUUGCACAAAGUUCAAGACAUCUGCAAUAUGAUUGAUGAGAGAACACAGACGAUGAUAGAUUCUUAUUGUAAAGAUGUUGUUUCUGUUUUUACAUGUUGUCUAGUUUUAGAAACAUCAUUAAUCUGUUGGGGUGCCAACUUUGACGUUGAACAUUUUGCUACAGACAUGUCGGCAUGUAUUACAUUCUGAGUAUACACACACAUGUAUGUGAACCGAGAGCGAAGGUAAAAGCACGAAUUUAGAGUUAUUUAUAUAAAUGCUGAAAAAAAUUGCACUAUUUUUUAGUAUGCGCAGAUGGAACGUGUGAGAGAGACUUUUAUUGUGAAGGAGCUCUGUACAUUUGACUCUACACGUAAAAAGAAGGAGAGACGUGAAAGCACAGGGACUCACCGGAGGGACGGACCGGCUCGGUGCACAGCAGCCGGGAUCACAACAACACUUCAGGAGAUUCUGACUUUGGAUCAACGGACUCGCAUCGUUACCGUACCAUUGAUAUAAAAACUAAUAAAUCCUUCCUUUAUGCAAAUGGCUCCCGCGAGCCAACCGCAAGUCAGCAUUCAACCUGUGGGUCCAUCAGAAACUGUAGCUCUCUCUCAUUCUAUUGGCUGAAAUCGUUAGCCAAUCCCAAAGCUGGCUGUCACGACCUCGAGCCGAGCACAGACGACUUUCACUCACGCCAAUCAGACUUUGUCACAAACAAACAAACGUCUGAACUAAUCACGACAAUGUGUAGCGUACCGUAGAGUAGAGCGGGACGCAGUGAAGCCUGCUGUGUGUCAUUCUAUUUGAAUGUCAGAAUUGUUUGAGGGAAAAGAGAGAAGCGACACAGAUCCACGUGACACCUCACGUCCUCUUCGUGGUGCGUCACUCCUGAGGGCGGAAGCCCGCUCGCCCUGCAGGCCCCGAGUGAUAUGCUGACUGUGCACGGCUGUGACCCCCACACACAUUCAUGCACACAAUAGCCCAACGUGUUCUGGUCACGCACCUCCAGUUUCUCUUAAAGUUGCAUCUCUCCUGCCUUCUAAACACCCACAAUCCCCUCUGGUAAGUGUGUCUCUGUUGCAGGCAUCUCUGAGCACUUUACUGCCCCAGGGAAGAGACAACAAUCUCCCGUCAGCCAGCGUCAGCCCAUAAAACUACGUCAGAACCCUUUAAUAUUGUAGGUUAGGUUCCUCCACCCUUCAGAGCCACACUUUUAAAAGAUGCAAAGAGUUGUUCUCCAAAACUUUAAACAUCCUUCAAACUAAUUAUAACCCGACUGCCUGGAGUCACCGAUCAUCUGAAGUCUGCGCUGCGUAUCGACUUUUACUUUGAGAAAUAUGUGUUUUUCUACAAAACUCUUCUUUUGUUUUCUCAAAUAUAUGAAAGUGUUAAAUUACAUUAAGUUAAAUGUUCUUUUUACGAGCAGAACUUUGGCUGAAUAGAAUAUAAACACUUACAGAAACACUUCUGUAAAGAUACCAUAAAGGUAUUUAUGUUUAAUACUUUUAAAAGUAAUAUGUAUUGUUUUUAUUUGAACCUUUUGGAGCAGAACUCUUUGUGUGUUGAACGCAGCACGAGAUGGGUUGUCUCAAACUAAACACACCGAAGUGUUGAAAAGUGACACGAGUGUUGAAAGUAACUCGUCUUGUGUCGUCUCUUUAAGAGUGCGCCAAUAAAAAGGAGACGAUUAGAACGUGCAGGCGUUUGUAGUUCUCGUCUCUCAGUUGCUUCGUGUGUGAUGUGGAACUAAUAUUAGUUGAAUUUAUCUUGCUGUGAACGCACCCUUCAGUGUCCAGUCUUUAUGCAACAGCGCCCUCCACAGGGACCGAACCAAACCACAGCCAAAGCUCCCGAAGCUGAUCAGCCUAACUUUGUAGGAGAGGAGAAUCAACGGCCAAAAAAAGACAUUUUUAUAAUCUGAUACGGUGAAUCCUUCAAUCUUUGUCUUUUUUUCUCAUGUAUUAUCGUUACAUCUUAGUUCUGUUAGUCUGAAAGGUAAAAGAAGUUAUUUCCAGAAUCUGUCUACAGAUAAAUUAUAAGAAAUGUUUCUAACUUGUUUCUUAAUCCAAAUAAAGAUCGUAUUGUCUGUCGUGUUGAGGAUUCUGGAAAUAAAGAUAUUUAUUUACCUUCCAGACGAACAGACUGAAUUACUGUGAAGCCUCAUAAAAAUGGAUUCGUGUCCCUGUUAAAACAGACAUGGGGUUACAUCCAGGGGUUUCCUGUUGUACGAGUCCUGCCUUAAACUUCUGUGAUACAAAAAAGACGAAUAAUCAAAAGUGACUUCUUAGUGAUUCACCUCCGUCUGUCUUGUUUACUGUCUCUCGUUCUCCUUCUGUUCCUGUGUGACGAGCACUCGAAGAAAAGACAGAAAAUCACGAUUUAAAGAAAUGAAUCUCUUGACCCAAAGCAGCUGAAGGAGUGACGAGCGGAUCAAUCAGAAAUAUAAAUCCUUUCACAUCGGAAUGAGAUUACGAGUCCGGUCCCAAACACAAGUUUGCAUCAUUUAUUCCCCCUCUCUUUCCUCCCCCCUCACCUGUAUUUGACUUGUGUUGGGACCGGGCUGUUUCCUUUACACGGUUUGGUUCCCUGGAGGGUUUGCAGCGGGUAUGAGAAGGCUGGACGGGCUCCGAUCAGGGCGUCACUGUAGAAAACAAGUCGCGUUAAUGUGGAGAACCUGCCGUGCAGAGGAUCUCUCGCUUCAGGGAAACCUGCGCUGGCUGACAACACAAUUAAAAAAAGACAGAAGAAGAGAGGAGGGGAAACACAAAUCACACGUUCACUCACACAGGUGAAAUGAUCACACACACACACACACACACACACACACACACACACACACAUGCAGACAUGAAUGUUUUCUGUAGUGGUAAAGCAAAGUUUAAAGGAAUAACUUAACCCUGAUUCGUUUGUAUAUUAAUGACCUUUGUUUUUCUCUCCGGUGGACGAAGAAUCAAAAAGUCUUGAUGAAUUAAGUAAAUGGGAGCUGCUUUCAACAACAGUAAAACUACAUCAACACAUCUGUUUACAAACUCUCACACAACUGGUGCAGAACCAUCCAAGUGUCUUGUAUCCAGUCGCACAGACUCUACUUCACACACACAUUUCAAACCCCUCGGAUCAAGUGUGAGACUCAAUACAGAAGUCUUUUAAAUUGUAAGGUUUAAGCAAAAGGUCAUGUGUGUGUGAAGUAGUGUCUGUACGACUUGUGUGAGACUUUGUAACAGAUGUUUUGCUUUAAAAUCUUUAAAAGGAUUUUUAGACUUGGUUCAUCGUGGGGGCAAGAAAAACAAAAGUUUGCUCCCAGAAUUCAGGGUAACACAGGGCGAGUGAUGGACGUACUGAGGAUCAUUCUGGGCGGGGGAAUAGUCCUUUACGUGUAAUCUACAUAAAGUAUUGUUCACACAUGAAACCGAUCAUGUUUCUGUCUCCUGCGAUGUGUCGGCCAUCAUCUGGAACUGUUGGAACACAUUUCUCUUCGCAUUAAGCCGGCGUGAAGGCAGCGAGGCAGCAGUGUUUUUGUAAAGUCGGCGGACUAUGUCUUUUCCCAGAGCAGUGUGUGAGUGUGUGUGUGUGUGUGUGUGUGUUGCCCUGGGAAAGACUUCCAGCUGUCUAGACUAAAACUAAACACACACACGCAGAGCAGACUAAACAAACUAGCCUCAGACCUUCCACACACACAGGUGCUCCUUCAUACAUCCACAUACAUUUUUGUUCUCUAACAAAAACAUUAAUCUAACACACACACACACACACACACACCCCUCCUCCUCCUUCUUCCUGUCUGAACAAGCUCUUCCUGUUCCCUAGAGAUGCCUGUUGUCCAAUGACAGAGCUCCUCUCAGACCGUCCCUCGCUGCCAUUGGCUGGCCGGCUUUUUUUCCGUUCUCCUUGGAAAACGUUUGUCGUUUGUUAUUGUUGCAUUAUAUGUCGUACAAGUGUGCCUGCCUGCGCUGAGACGGGUGAACGUGAGUGGCUAGUUUGGGCUGUCAAUCAUCCUGGGCCACGCCUCCUUACUGUCUCAGAUGAUGAUGAUUGGAUGAUGAUGAUAAGAUUGAGGAUGAUGAAGAUGUUUUUGAUAGUGAUGUCGAAGAGUGCGUUGCAAUACACCUACUAUUUGCCUUUUUGAUAAUAUUAGUCAUAUUUUAACGUAGUGUUCUAAAUGUACGUUUUUUUAUUGUUGUUUUUAUUGUUGUUUAUUCACUUGAGAACAAAAAUCAUUUUCAAUCCAUCAAUCACACAAAAACCUUUUCUUUUUUCUUUUUGUGAAACUUUGAGAGUGUAAAAACUACCUACCACACACACACACACACACACACACACACACACACACACACACACACAGAGGACGUGGAAAUGUACUUCUGCUUUUAAGUGCUAUUUCUAGUUUGAAGAGCAAAUGAUUGCAAACAGACGCUGUACACUGAGCUCGACCUCUGCGCUCUCAUAAGUUCAAGUACAUUUCUUCGUGACAUGAACAUCAAGUGUGAACGCUACAUCCAGAAUCAGCUCCGGCCCGCCCCAGCGUCUACAUGUUGUGCCUUCUGGGGUCCGGGCGCAACGGAGACUUCGUCCCUCAAAUACUCUGUAAUAAUACUCCAAUGCUGUUUGUUGCCUUCUGACACUGACUGCACCGACAUGUUAAUAACACACUUCUCAUCACAUGGCCACGACGUGUGGAAGUCCAUUCACCGGGAACAUUUGAUUAAAUGUGAGGAACGACAAAAUAAAAUACUCAAGAGAUUGAUCGUUUAUUCUUGACGACUGCGAACAUCGACAUAACAAGCAGUUAAAAAUGAUGUGGAACAAUUAAAAGCUUUUUAUUGCCCUGUGGCGAGAUUGUUUUUGUCAAAAAUACUCAAUGAGUUUGUAAAUCAGAAUUAUAUGUGCUCACUACGUCGUAAUAUUGAUUUACGAAGUUGCAUUUUUGUUACUAUCUGAUACUUUUAAGUGUUUUUCUCUUUUAUUAUUCUCACGUUUAAUCCUCUUUUCUUUGUUUUCCUGGCAAAUAUGGGCUUCCACAGUGGUGAAACAAGUUACUUAUGCUGCGUUCCAGAAAUGUCGGAUAUAAACAUCUACAUAAACAUUUUAGCAUAACUUGAAUAUAUCAUAUAAUCAGAUAAUAAAUGAAAAGCUUCGUUACAUCCGAAGCAAAAACACACCAACAGCUGGGAUCCUUCUACUUCUGACAUUUAAUGAAACGUAACAUAAGAAACAGUUACAAGACAGAGGAACCACCAUAGAAGUAAACAAAAACAAGUCUCCACCCUCCAACACACACACACACACUCACACUCACACACACACACGCACACACACACACACACACUCACACACACACACGCACGCACGCACACACACGCACACACACACACACUCACACACACACACACACACUCCCCAGUCUUCAUCAUUAAAGACAUUUCCAAAGAAGGAAUCCUCCUAAACGAGACUCGACAAGAGUUACACCUGACUUGAACUUUUCUUAUGUUUCUUUUAGGGCCAAACACUUUUUACAAAUUCCUUUUUUCCAGUUCCUGUAACUGUUCACAAGUAUUUUAAAAGAAUAAAUAAUAUCAGCAGCAGACUGGAGAAAAGGCCAAGUGUCAAAGUGUUUCCCCCGUUUGUGUUUUCUGCUCUUUGAAUCAGCGCUGCACGGCGCCUUUCCUCUGAUAAUGUUGAAGAAAAUAUAUACGUUAAUAAAACUCCUGGUUGCAGUACGUGUGCAUAUUUAAGCCUCCAUAUCUUUGCGGACACGGCAGCGCCUGUCCACCGCAGUGACUAUUGUAGAAGUCUUCCACCUGUUGUUGAGUUUUAUCCUUCAAGCAUCUAAAAAAAUAAAAAACGUGGGACUUGUACAAUAGCUCAGUUUGUUCAGCUUUCCUACAUGUGGCUUGUCAGAUAAAAUGUGUAGGAACCCUGAUUCUGUUUAUGUAGAAGAAGUGCAGCAGCAGGCUCAUCGCUCCUCCAUUGAAGUGGAGGGAGGGUGAAGUUUAAAUCCGUUCACAGCAUGGCUCACAUACUUAUAUAGAGGCCUACUUAUCCUCAAUGAUAAUAACUGCUUAUUUGUGUAUUAAAAAAACGUUUAUUUUUAAUUUAUAUUGGAUGGUCUUCGUGUUACAAGGUUUGUUUUGUUGUUGUUUUUCUUCUGUUUGUUACAAACCGAAGACAAUGUUUUAUCGUUGUUGUCACAGAACAUGGUAUGAAUCGGACACAUUUCAGUUAGCCUUCGAUUUAAAAAAUUAAUAAAAAAGUUUUAUAAAUA